AUGCCAAAAUAUAUUCAUAGAAUGUCAACAUCGAAUCUGAAAUCAUGCUAUAUUGACCCAGAUGAAAAACUCAUAGAGGAGAGGGGCAUUGACUCCACUAAUACUAGUAUAUUUGGAAAAAUACUAGAUGGUUCAAUUCCCUGCAACAAAGUUUACGAAGAUGAUAAGGUCCUAGCAUUCCACGACAUUUCACCCCAAGCACCAGUCCAUAUCUUAAUCAUUCCAAAGAUUAGAGAUGGGCUGACAAGAUUGGAAAAAGCAGAAGAACGGCAUAGAGAAAUAUUAGGACAUAUGAUGUGUAAAGCAGCAGAAAUAGCUAGGAAUGAACAGUUAGGUGAUUUUAGACUUGUAGUAAAUAAUGGACCACGAGCAUUCCAGUCGGUUUAUCAUUUGCAUAUUCACAUUUUAGCAAAAAGGGAUUUCACUUGGCCCCCUGGGUAA